UAAUACGCUCUCUCUUCAUUCCAUCUCGCAAUGCGGCUCUUUACGUUUUCCUUGUACGGGCUACAUCCUCCCAUGGCAGAAAACGAAACGCCAAUUUUGGUGAAAGAAGAUGAUUCAGACACACAGAACCCGCUUAUGAAACUCAAACGCUUUGACUUUUGGCUGCUAUUGGCUCUUAAUGUGGGUUUCCUUCUAGUGGGUCAGGCGGCUGCUAUUAUUCUUGGAAGAAUUUACUAUGAUAAAGGUGGAAAUAGUACAUGGUUAGCCACUCUUGUCCAAACUGCUGGUUUCCCUAUUCUUUUAAUUCCUUAUUUUCUUAUCCCUUCUCCCAAAGAACAAUCAGAUUCAUCAAACCAACCUCCACCUCUGCCUUCUAUCAUCAAAGUCACGGUUAUCUAUUUCUUUCUUGGUACCCUCAUUGCCGGGGAUAACAUGCUAUAUUCCAUUGCACUGUUGUACCUCUCAGCCUCAACCUAUUCCCUCAUAUGUGCAACACAGCUAGUCUUUAACGCAAUAUUUGCUUUCUUCAUUAAUAGUCAAAAAUUUACGUCUUUGAUUUUCAACUCCGUGAUUGCCCUUACAUUAUCUGCUGCUCUGCUUGCCAUUAACGAGGACUCUGAUAAGCCCUCGGGUGUCACUAGCUGGAAAUAUAUUCUUGGAAUUAUAGCUGCUACUGUUGCUUCUGCACUGUACUCCCUCAUACUUUCACUGAUGCAACUCUCGUUUCAGAAAGUUAUGAAGAAAGAAACGUUUUCUGUGGUUCUGGAAAUGCAAAUAUACACAUCACUCGUAGCCACCGGUGUCUCCACCAUCGGGCUGUUUGCAAGUGGGGAAUGGAGAAGUCUGUCGGGAGAAAUGCAGGGUUUCACGACAGGAAAAGGCGCAUAUGUGCAGGUUUUGGUAUGGACAGCCGUGGGAUGGCAGAUUGCUUCGGUUGGAGUUGUGGGUUUGAUUUUUGUGGUGUCCUCGCUAUUUUCUAAUGUUAUUAGCACGCUCUCGUUGGCUGUUACUCCCAUUGCUUCGGUGAUCAUCCUGCACGACACGAUGAAUGGGGUCAAGAUAAUCGCCUUGCUAACUGCAAUGUGGGGUUUUGGGAAUUACAUAUAUCAGAACUACUUGGAUGAUCUCAAGGCAAGAAAAAGACAAAUUUCUUCUGCUGAUACUGCAACUAAUUGUUAGUCAUCAUUGGAUAGGUGAAAGAAUGUAGAGAAAUACUGAGUAGCAUAGGAGCUCAUUGUUCUGAAAUCUAACUUAUCUGGAAAGUCUGCAUUUAAACUUGAUGAGUAGAAGCAAAAGAAGCUUUGGUAUCAGCAUCAAACCAGUUUUGUUGAAUAUAUGAAGUUUAUAGUUUAUACUUCCAUCCACAUCAUUUGAUUUAGGCCAAGAAAGUGUUGCCAACU